UUAGGGUGUCCCGGUUUUGGGGUGCCCCGGCUUUUGGGGUACCCUAUUUUUGGGGUUCCCGGUUUUGGGGUUCCCGGUUUUUGGGGUUCCCGGUUUUGGGGUUCCCUAUUUUUGGGGUUCCCGGUUUUGGGGUUCCCGGUUUGGGGCCAUGGCGUGGGCGCUGAAGCUGCCGCUGGCGGACGAGGUGAUCGAGUCGGGGCUGGUGCAGGAUUUCGACGCCAGCCUGUCGGGGAUCGGGCAGGAGCUCGGCGCCGGCGCCUACAGCAUGAGCGAUGUGCUGGCGCUGCCCAUCUUCAAGCAGGAGGAGUCCAGCCUGCCCCCCGAGGGCCAGGACAAGCUGCUGCCCUUCCAGUACGUGCUGUGCGCCGCCACCUCCCCGGCCGUCAAGCUGCACGACGAGACCCUCACCUACCUGAACCAAGGUCAGUCCUACGAGAUCCGGAUGUUGGACAACAGGAAACUGGGGGAGCUGCCCGAGAUCAAUGGGAAGCUGGUCAAGAGCAUCUUCCGGGUGGUUUUCCAUGACCGGCGGCUGCAGUACACGGAGCACCAGCAGCUGGAGGGCUGGAGGUGGAACAGACCUGGGGACAGGAUCCUGGACAUAGAUAUCCCCAUGUCCGUGGGGAUCAUCGACCCCCGCGCGAACCCGACGCAGCUCAACACCGUGGAGUUCCUGUGGGACCCGGCCAAGAGGACGUCGGUGUUCAUCCAGGUGCACUGCAUCAGCACGGAGUUCACGCUGCGCAAGCACGGCGGCGAGAAGGGCGUUCCCUUCCGCGUGCAGAUCGACACCUUCAGGGAGAACGAGAGCGGCGAGUACACCGAGCACCUGCACUCCGCCAGCUGCCAGAUCAAGGUGUUCAAGCCCAAAGGAGCCGACCGGAAGCAGAAGACGGAUCGGGAGAAGAUGGAGAAGCGAACGCCCCACGAGAAGGAGAAGUACCAGCCCUCCUACGAGACCACCAUCCUCACUGAGUGCUCGCCCUGGCCCGAGGUCACCUACGUGCCCAGCGCGCCCUCGCCCGGCUUCAACAGCGCCCACAGCAGCUUCUCGCUGGGGGACGGCAGUGGGUCCCCGAGCCACCAGCCCGACCCCCCCGCGCCCCUGGCUGACACGCUGCUGCCCACCUGGAGCCCGCAGGAGGCGCAGCAGUGGCUGCACCGCAACCGCUUCUCCACCUUCUCACGGCUCUUCAGGAACUUCUCAGGGGCGGAUCUGCUGAAGUUGACCCGCGAGGACGUGAUCCAGAUCUGCGGCCCCGCCGACGGCAUCCGGCUCUUCAACGCCCUCAAGGGCAGGAUGGUGCGGCCCCGCCUGACCAUCUACGUGUGCCAGGAGUCCCAGCAGGUGAGGGACCCUCAGCACGAGCACGAGGACGGCGACGGCAGCGCCGGAACCUUCUUUGUGUACCACGCCGUGUACCUGGAGGAGCUGACGGCGGCCGAGCUCUGUGCCAAGCUGGCGCUGCUGUUCCGCGUCCCCGCCCAGCAGAUCCAGCACAUCUACAAACAGGGACCCACCGGCAUCCACGUGCUGGUCAGCGAUGAGAUGAUCCAGAACUUCCAGGACGAGUCCUGCUUCGUCCUGGACACCAUGAAAGCCGAGAGCAGCGACAGCUACCACAUCAUCCUGAAAUAGGGCCAGGUGAGGGCCAGGUGAGGAGCACCUGCAGCCUCUCAGCACACCUGGCCACCCUCCACUCCCAGCACGAGGACACAGCCCAGACGUGGGAAGCCCCAGGUGUUGUUACCUGGCCAGGGAACACCUGCAGAGCCCCCAGGUGUGGUUACCUGGCUGCCCCUCCCCCAGGUGACCCCUGGCAUGGACAGGACCCUCCGUUGCUGCAGCUCUGAGGCACCAGGUGUUGCCUCCAGGUGCGUGCAGGUGUGAAGAGAUCUCAUGAGGUCAUCAGGAAUUCCAGAUCCGGAUUUAAUUAUGGAAAAUUGGAGGAUAAAGGAAUGACUUGGGGUGGGGGAGGGAGGGGACGUGGCUGCGUGUUUUGGGGAGAAAAGCAAAGAUUUCGCUAUUUCUGCUGAAUGUGUCACCUGAUUGAAGCGGCUCCAGGUGAGGAACCUGCCCAGGUGUGGGGGCUGAUCCCCAGUCUGGGUGCUCCAGGUAAUCCAGUCUCAGCCCAUUGGGUGUUCCAGGAAAAAAAAAAAGGGGCAAAAAGACAAUAUAAACCCAACAUUUUAAUAUUUGAUUGAAAUGAAGCCGGGGUGGGGUCCAGGUGAGGCAGGUGCUGGCUCAGGUGACAGUUGUGACAGUGC